AUGCGUCUGCUACUACAAUUGUCGUUACCUGCCCACACUCACUCACUCAUGUCCCUCAUUCCUCCGAACCCCAACAAAGAAGUGCCUGAGACAUCGUCAGACUGCACUCCCGAGCAUUGUUUUCACGCCUUCGAUGCCCUUUACUGCGCUCUGACAUCUGCGAAACCCAUUGCCCCGACAUUUGUUGACGACAAAUACCCUCUCUUUGUGACUUGGAACACGCGCCGUGAAGGCCGUUCACCACGAUUGCGUGGAUGUCUUGGCAGCUUUGAACCACUUACCCUCCAUGAUGGGUUGGCCGAAUUUGCCCUCCUCAGUGCAUUCCGAGAUGACCGGUUUCGCAAGAUUGACCGUAGCGAACUUCCAACACUCGAAUGCGCGGUGUCGCUAUUAACCGAUUUUGAAGACGCUCAGUCCUACCUCGACUGGACGAUUGGGGUUCACGGGAUCAGCAUCAAAUUCGCCCACCCUUCUCUGCUCGCAUCGCCCAAUUCGUCAGGAGCUCCUUCUCCGCUUUCGUCCGCCACACAUCUCCCACCGGUCAACUCGCGCCGAACAUUUAGUGCGACAUAUUUGCCUGACGUUAUUCCCGAACAAGGUUGGGACAGAAUAGCCGCGGUCGAUAGCGCGAUUCAGAAGGCAGGCUGGAGUGGGAGGAUCACAGAAGAUCUCCGACGGAGUAUCAAGUUGCGCCGGUAUCAGUCCAGGAAAUGCACUGUUGGCUGGGACGAGUAUGUCGAGUGGAGGGAGAGACAGGCUGCCUAA